UUCAGGCACCGAACUCUGGUUCCCACUUUUUCCUUCAUCCUCCACCUGUUUUGUUGUUGGAUGGUUUGGUGAUGUAAGUUUUCUCUACAGACAGAGAGAAGCAAUCUCACCUAUCCAUUUAACUGCAGACCCCUCAAAACCUUCUGAGAAAUUUGCUGAUUUAAUGUAGAUCAUCAUAAAGAAUGCCAGCCCCCCAUGAAAUGGGGAGUAAGUAACGUGCUUAAUCAAGUCUUUUGAAAGGCUUAGCCUGGAAAACGUAAAAUCAUCCGCCACAAGUGUAUCUCUGCCUAAUGUUUGAUUUAUGGUUUCUUUCUUUUACACAUCUAGGCAUGCUCGUGUUCAUGGUUGCUGGUAGUUCUUCUUUUGCUACCAUUAUUGUUAAAUGCAGUAAGCGGAUGAGAAGCAUUUUUUUUAGUAUCCAAUAAGUCUGGCAACUCUUCUCUUUCCGAAGUAACUAACACAAUCACUUCUUGAUGCCAAAUGUUGCUAGCUAUGGAUGUUAUGAAGAUGGGUAUUAAGCUGGAAGGGAGCUCCAAGGUGAUGCCAUCAUGUCAUCAGUAAAAAUUGGUUCCUGAAAGAUGUUACUUUGGGGUGUUUUUUUCUCAUCUGGCUUGCUGAGAGAACUUUGCAAAUUUUACAUGGUUGCUUUGAUGUCAGAGCCUGUACAGCAGGCUGAAAUAAUGGAAACAUGUGUGCUCUGCCAAAAUUCAGGCUCUGGCUUAGUCCAGAUAUUAAGGUUGGACUGAAAGACUCUUGGAAAUAUUUUCCAUGUAUGUCUUGUGCUGUUUGCCGAGUCAGCGAGUCUGCUGCAGUAACUGAUGAACUCUAACUUAAAUCUUCACUUCCAACAUCUGCAUUAUCAAUCUCUUGAUUUUUAAAGUUUGGAGAAUUUCUUUGUGAAACACGAUUGAUGCAGUGUUUGGUUAUAGUUCCCAGAUUCUAAUGUAUGAAUGUGAGCAGCAAUUACUUACAGUCAUUCCUUAUAAUGAUUUCUUAAAGUCCUUGUGGAAAACAUGAAGUGCCCCUAGUGUUUCCUCGAUGGUUAUCUGUUACCUUUCAAAUGAAAUACAAAAAUAAGUUCCAAAACCUCAUUCUCAAACGUUGGUUAGGUUCAACCCUCUCUGCUCUUGGCUGUUCUGUACUUUAGAAGUAUUUUAGAUCCUGUGAGCAAAUGAUAAAAUGUACUCUGUUACUAGAGAUGGGUUAAUUUCAGGGAACCUUAUAUAGCCAUAGCUAGUGUAAAGAGUGAUUAUUGGGAAGUGUGUGUGUUUGUACACAAGGUGGAAUUAAACUUGCAAGACAAAGUGCUUAGGUUAUUUUCCUUAUAUCCUGUUCACUGUAGACUUUAUGAGCUCUUUACUAUUUCAGUUGCUGUUGGAACAUAGAUAACUUCACUGGGCAUGAUUCACGGAAAGGUCGUGGCUGAUAAGUGCAGCCUUGCAGCUUUGACAUCCUGUUACGUGAUAGCACCAAAUAUUUGUAAACACAUGCGGUAUUACCAAGUAUUGGACACAUGUGAUAUUACUUUAAAAAUUAUGAAGUUGUCAGGAUUAGUUUCGUGGGUGUUUUAAUCCCUUCAGUUCUGGUUUAACUUGAGAUUUGUGUGUACUCACACCUCUCCCACAUGUGUCUUGUACCCUACUCUGAGCUGCCACAGCAUAUUACAACUUUCUGCUGCAAACUUUAACCUAGUUUCAGAUUAGUGCUCUAACUCAUUUGUGGGGUUUUUUUUCCUCUUAGAAAUGCUUCAGUAUCUUCAGUCACAGGUGCAGCAAGCCCAUGAAUUAGUGUAUCAGCUCUAACACUGCCUGUGUUCAAGUGGCAGCAUCAGUGGCAUGUCCAGACAUAAGCAGAGCCAGCAGCUUUUUCUGCCUCACUUGUACACAAGAGACUUGUAUUUGGAAGCCACUUCAAGCUCUUCUGCUCUUAUGAGUCAAGAUGAAGCAACAAAUUAAAUUGAUUUUCUAAUUUCAGCUAAAUUCUUUUGCAUUUUUAAUACCACUGAUGAAACAGAUCCAAUAGCAUUAUAAACUUGAGAGAGCACCUUCUUUUUUUUCCCCUAUGUGAGUUGCUAACUCACUCUGCUUAUGCUUUUGUUUCUACUUUCUGGCCUUACUUUCUCUGCCUUUUCUAACCUGAAAAUCUCAUUAACUCUUCUAUUAUGUGUAGUGCUAUCAUUUUGGUCCCAAGCUUUCAUGUCUUUCUGACUUGGCCUCUUUAGGUGUUGUUUUUUUUUCCUUUUAGCUAUAGUCACAUUUUCAGAUGAAAACUGAUACUACAAGCUGUUUUGUUUGUGGGGUUUUUUUCUUGAUACAUAAACAGAAUUACUGUUCUUCUUGGAUUGCUCUACAGCAUUCAGUGUAGAAAAGAAGUUAUCUAUGACCUCUCUUGGCUUUUGAAAGUCUAGUUUGGUUAUAGUAACUUGCUAUUACUUGAUUUUUAAAAUGUUUAUUAGCAUCUUGCUCAACUUGUGAUUUCAGUAGUGUUAGUCAUGGGUUUGAAUUCUUAGGACAGGCAAACAGGUGUAUCUGGUAGGAUGAGCAGGAGUGGAAAAGCUUGCUCCUAAAUAUAGCAGGGAAAACUGUGGUAAUAUGUGUGUGAUGAUCCAUACAGCAGCUGACAAACAUCUUCAGGCUCCUUCUCCUAAGGUUAAAACCAACAAAACUCUCAAGUCAAACUGUGUCUCUAAGGCCUAAUUAGCCUGGGAUAUGUUAGCCUUUGUAGUUGCUGGUCACAUUAACUGUAUCAGCUUGUAGACAUGGCCAGCUCAGCAAGUCUCUGGCCAGAGUGAGAUUACAUAGUGUAGACUCUAUGAUAGCAGGUUUCCAAGCUCAGCCCCUCGGGUCCCUUCUGUGUGGAUGGGUGUGGGCUGUUGGAGGCCUGUCUUCAGCUCCCUUGCUGCCAGAGUUUUGCUGUUUUGGACUGAAAAUGUUCAUAGCAGCUAUCUGCUCCAAGGGAAGGUGGGAAAGGAAAAGGAAGGAAGCAAAAAAGAAAAGGAUGUUGACUGAGGAAUGCCUCAGCUAUGUGUCUGUGUGUGAAGCUACUUGGGAAGGGGACAGAAAAAGGAGUGCAAAUCUUAAAAGUGUUUGAUUUGUACUUCACAGCCCCUCUUUACAACGGAGAGCUAACAUUUUAGCAGUAGGUUGGCAGGUGUGUGCAAAGUGUGGCUUCUGAAACCUCUGAUGUGGCCAAAUUCGACCCUGACCUUGUCUUUGCAAUGUGUUCAGUCUUAAGUCUGUUUAUUGCGCAUGAGUACCUCUUACAUUCUUUAAAUAGUUGAUCUGUAUCAAGUAUGCUUCAUCCCAGAGCUUAGCUGUAAUUGCUUGUCUGCAGUUGCUUCUUGCUGGCACUGGGUACAGGUACCAAAAUGAGAGCAAGACGACUCUCUUGCAGGCGUCUUUAAUUGCUUAUUUUAAUGUUUCCUCUGCUUGGAUAAGGAAGUAGAAGGCGAGUGGGGAAAAUCUUGGUGUGCAGGAGACAAGAAAAACAUAGACAGUGAAGGUAUCGUAGAGAAGAAGGGGAUGGGAUGUAUAAGAAACUGAUAGGAACGUGGGACAACUGCUCUGUGGACAGUGGCAACUGCAAAGAGUAAGUCUACUGCUUCUGCUUACUACUGUCUUUGUAUAAAUAAUACUUCUGUGCUAUUCUAAUCUAAAAAGUACAGAUUCUGCUAGUGCUGCAAAGUGGAAGUGGUCGCAAUCAUCGAUGUUUGCUCCAAAAGCCCACAAACUACCACUGCUGGUGGGGAAAUGUGCUUCAUGUUGAACAUGAGCCUUGUUAUGAUCAUUGAGAAUGUAAAGUUGGCCCGUGAAUAUGCCUUACUGGGAAAUUAUGACUCUGCAAUGGUCUAUUACCAGGGAGUUCUUGACCAAAUGAAUAAGUAUCUGUACUCUGUGAGAGACACCUAUCUGCAGCAGAAAUGGCAACAGGUUUGGCAGGAAAUAAGUGUGGAAGCUAAGCAUGUGAAAGAUAUAAUGAAAACACUAGAGAGCUUUAAACUAGACAAUACUCCAUUGAAAGCCUCACAACAAGAAUUACCAGCUCAUGAUGCAGAAGUCUGGUCUUUGCCAGUACCUGCUGAACGUAGACCUUCGCCAGGACCCAGAAAGCGUCAGUCUGUUCCAUGCAGUGAUUGCAGAGGUCACAAUAAUCGUGUAAGUGCAGCUGUCAGAGGCCCUCACCGUCCAUCCUCUCGAAAUCCCAAUGAUAAAGGGAAGGCAGUCCGCAGCCGGGAAAAAAAGGAUCAGCAAAAUAAAGGAAAAGAGGAAAAGAACAAAUCCACAUCUGAGAUUUCAGAGUCUGAACCAAAGAAAUUUGAUAGUACUGGAUAUGACAAAGAUUUAGUAGAAGCUUUGGAGAGAGAUAUAAUUUCUCAGAACCCCAACAUCCGAUGGGAUGACAUUGCUGAUUUAGUAGAAGCCAAAAAGCUGCUUAAGGAAGCUGUAGUUUUACCCAUGUGGAUGCCAGAGUUUUUUAAGGGAAUUAGAAGACCGUGGAAGGGAGUUCUGAUGGUUGGUCCUCCUGGUACUGGAAAGACCCUUCUAGCAAAAGCUGUAGCCACUGAAUGCAAGACUACUUUUUUCAAUGUUUCUUCUUCCACACUUACCUCAAAAUACAGAGGAGAAUCUGAAAAACUUGUUCGUCUGCUGUUUGAAAUGGCUCGAUUUUAUGCCCCCACAACUAUAUUUAUUGAUGAGAUAGACUCUAUCUGUAGUCGAAGGGGAACUUCAGAGGAGCACGAAGCCAGCAGACGUGUGAAGGCAGAGCUGCUGGUUCAAAUGGAUGGUGUCGGAGGGGCUACUGAAAAUGAUGAUCCUUCUAAGAUGGUCAUGGUACUUGCUGCUACUAAUUUUCCUUGGGAUAUUGAUGAAGCCCUAAGACGGAGACUAGAAAAGAGGAUUUACAUUCCUUUACCAUCAGCAAAAGGCAGAGAGGAACUCCUAAAAAUAAAUCUGCGAGAGCUGGAACUGGCUGACGAUGUUGACCUUGCAAACAUAGCUGAGAAAAUGGAAGGUUAUUCGGGUGCAGACAUCACCAACGUAUGCAGAGAUGCAUCGCUGAUGGCUAUGAGGCGGCGUAUUGAAGGCUUGACACCAGAAGAAAUAAGAAAUCUUCCCCGAGAUGAAAUGCACAUGCCAACAACUAUGGAAGACUUUGAAAUAGCUUUGAAGAAAGUUUCUAAAUCGGUAUCUGCUGCGGACAUUGAGAAAUAUGAGAAAUGGAUAGCUGAAUUUGGAUCAUGUUGAGUUGUCUUCUCUUGAAGAAGCCACCUUAUGUCUUAAAGCAGCUUUAGAUAUAAUCAGUGGUGUUUCAGUGCACUGCAUGCUCUUUUUAACUUUUGUAAUUUAAGAGCAACAGAUGUCUCAAUAAAUUUUUUUAAAAUGCAAA